CGGCGAAGUUCAGCUGUGGAAAAAUUCUUACCUGCUCUUCCACUUAACCGUUGAUACUUGAAUGGUACAACAGGAAUAGCGCAUAACGGGCACAAAAUUAUUACACACUUAGAAAUUGGGUAGACCUACCUGAAGUAGGUACGUGAGAAGCGUGAAUGCCACCCUUUCAGAGGAGUUGGUAUAAAAUGUCUAUGUGUAAGGUUGCGACGAAAGUAAGGAUCUGGAACGGUCCUUUUCUUUGGGGAGAACCUUCUGCCACAAAUCUGCGUAUAUGCACUAUCUCGACCCCCAUUUUGUGGAUACUGAAUUUCAGCAUUUGGUCUAAUCCUCUUCCAACGGGUCUGAUAUGCCUCCAUUUUUUCGAAUGGCUUCGAUUUCGAAAUCCACUGUUUCAUGUGCAUUAGUAUCAAGCACCUAGUAAUUAUAUAUUUGCCUUCCCUAUCGCUGCGAUUAUCUUCAAUGACUCGCGAUUUUUAAAUCCCAUUGAUUGUGGUUGACUGAAAACCCAUACUCAGUCUUUGAGUAAACAUUCUCACGCACGUAAAUUGUAUUUAUCAACGAAAACAGGAAUUCCACAAUAAUCGAUGAGUCAGUUAUAUCCCAACCUUCACUUUUUGUUCAGUACGCCUUGACCCAGAACGCGAAUAAAACGUAAAAUGUUUUCGUUUCUUGUAAUAGCCGCCGGUUUAUGCCUUCUGGCAUACUAUAUACUAAUUAGACCGUUUCAACAUUGGUCUAACCGGGGUGUUGUUCAACUCAGUGUCGCGAAACUAUGGUGGGGCAAUAUUAAGGCAACCUUGCAGUUAUCGCCAGUAGCCGAUGGACUUAUAAAGCUCUACGAACAGUUCCCAGAUUGCAGGUAUUUUGGAUCCUACCAACUGAUGAGUCCGAUGCUCCUAAUUAAAGAUAUCGACCUAAUUAAGCAGCUGGGAGUAAAAGAUUUUGAUCAUUUCGUGGACCACAACCAACUUUCGAACGAGAAGUGUGAUCCUUUGUGGGGGAAAAACUUAAUCGCGUUGAAAGGUGACAGAUGGCGAGACACGCGCGCCACCCUUAGCCCAUCGUUUACGAGCAGCAAAAUGAAGGGCAUGUUCAAUUUGAUGUUGGAAUGCGCGGAACAUUUCGUCCAGUACUUCCAGCACGACGGCGGUUCCGAAACGGUGGUGGUUGAACUGAAGGACGUUUUCACGAGGUACACCAAUGACGUGAUCGCGUCGGCGUCGUUCGGUGUAAAGUGCAAUUCGCUGGAGGAUCGCGAAAAUGAAUUUUACAUGAUGGGAAAGGAGGCGACAAACUUCACGGGGUUCUGGCGGAAUCUCUCGCUACUUUUAAUGAUUAGCUGUCCUAAACUGGCAAACUAUCUUGGUAUGCGGGUGUUCAGCGCAGAAGUAUGCCGGUUUUUCCGAACGUUGGUGGUGGGAAAUAUGAGGGAACGCGAGGCUAAAGGAAUUGUUCGACCUGAUAUGAUCCAUCUUUUAAUGGAAGCGAAGAAGGGGCGGCUAAAGCACGACGAUCAUAUCACCGGAGUGAUGGAUAAAGGAUUUGCGGUUCUUGAGGAGUCUGCGAUAGGAAAGGAAGAAAAGAGGCAGAAAAUACAGUUGACCGAUGACGACGUAACGGCUCAGGCGCUCAUUUUCUUCUUUGCCGGAUUCGAUACGGUUUCCACUCUGAUGUGCUUCGUCGCGUAUGAGCUCGCCGUCAACCCGGUCAUACAGCAAAGGCUUCAAGAAGAGGUUGACUUCACUUUGGAGGAAUGCAAGGGCCGUUUAACCUACGAGGCCUUGCUGAAAAUGGAAUACUUGGACAUGGUGAUAUCAGAAACCCUACGGAAAUGGCCCAGUGGACUUGCACUCGAUAGAGUAUGCGUGAAACCAUACACCAUACAACCUGAGACCGAUGGAGAAAAGCCGAUUCAUCUACGCAAAGGAGACCUCGUUAUGUUCCCUUUAUACGCUAUACAUCGCGAUGAGAAGUUUUACCCGUGCCCCGACCGUUUCGAUCCGGAAAGGUUUAGCAGCGAAAACAAAAACAACAUCGCACCCUACACUUUUAUACCCUUCGGCGUGGGGCCCCGCAGUUGCAUAGGAAACAGAUUCGCCUUACUUGAGACCAAAAGCUUAAUUUUCAACAUAUUGCAGCAUUUCGACAUUGUUGUUGUUGAAAAAUCGGUUGUUCCGAUCAAACUUUCGCGUAAGCAGUUUAGUCUUAACGCAGAAGGUGGGUUCUGGUUCGGUUUUAAACCAAGAAGUACUUCUAAAGCUCAUAGUUUGUAAGCAAUGAUGCACCAUGGGUAACAAUUUUUUUUGAUGGAUGUAUACAGUAAAAUAAAUUGUGAAAAUCU